ACUAGCGUGAGUGUGGCGACGUUUGACUGUGGGAAACAGAGACAUUUGAGUUAUUCUGUUGAUCGGUAAAUAUUUGGAUUUGUCUUUAAAAUAACUUUUAAAGUUAAAUGUUUUAUUCCUGAACGGAGCGUCAUACAGUUGGGGCAUUCAGUUUACAAGAAGCGGGCAGACUCGUGUCUUUACCGGGCUAGUAACGCCAUGUCCUCCCCGGAUGUGUCGGAGAAGAACCGGCGCUGUUGUGUUUUGUCGUGGGAGCAGGUGCAGCGUCUGGACUCCAUCCUGGGAGAAUGUGUCCCGAUCCACGGGCGAGGAAACUUCCCCACGCUCUCCGUCCAACCCCGACACAUCGUACAGGUGGUACGGGCUCGGCUAGAGGAGCGUGGAGUGGUGGUGCGUGAUGUGAAACUGAACGGCUCAGCUGCCAGUUAUGUUCUGCACCAGGACACUGGCCUGGGCUACAAAGACCUGGACCUGAUCUUCGGCUUGAGUCUGACCGAUGACAAGACAUUCCGUCUGGUGAAGGACGUGGUCCUGGACAGUCUUCUUGAGUUCCUGCCAGCUGGUGUGAGCCGCGAACGCAUCACAGCCCUGACCUUGAAGGAAGCGUACGUACAGAAACUUGUGAAGGUAUGCAAUGACACGGAUCGCUGGAGUCUCAUAUCUCUCUCCAAUAACACUGGCAAGAACGUGGAGCUGAAGUUUGUGGACUCCUUGCGACGGCAGUUUGAGUUCAGUGUGGACUCCUUCCAAAUUGGCUUGGAUUCACUCUUACUUUUCGACCGCUGCUCUGAGACGCCCAUGUCCGAGAGUUUUCACCCCACUGUACUCGGUGAGAGCAUGUACGGAGACUUUGACGAAGCACUGGGGCACCUACAUGCAAAAAUUAUUGCAACGCACAGUCCGGAAGAGAUCCGUGGAGGUGGGCUCUUGAAAUACUGCCACCUGUUGGUGAGGGACUUCCAUCCAGCCUCUGAGACGCAGAUGAAGUCCCUCCAACGCUACAUGUGCUCACGUUUCUUUAUCGACUUCCCCGACAUCAACGAACAGCAGCGGAAGUUGGAGGCGUACCUGCAGAACCACUUUAACGGCAUGGAGCAUAAGCGUUAUGAUUGCCUCAUGACUCUACAUCAGGUGGUGGAUGAAAGCACCGUUUGUCUCAUGGGCCAUGAGAGGAGACAGACGCUUGCACUAAUCUCGUCUCUGGCGCUACGUGUUCUGGCUGAACAGAAUGCAAUUCCUGCACUGUCUAACAUCACAUGUUACUACCAACCAGCGCCCUACGUCAGGGACAUCAACUUCAGCAACUACUAUGUAGCACACGUGCAUUCACCCAUUUCCACUUGUAACAGUUCCUAUCAGACAUGGCUGCCUUGUAGCUGAGCCAGAAAAUAUUUGUAAGCAUCAGAUGGUGUUUGGUUGGACGGUUUGGUUUGAUCUCCUGGACUUUCCAGAGUUAAUCUAACAAAAACACAUCUAGGUCAUAUUUCACCCUAAAAUCAAAGGAAAGGAAGAAAUUAUAUUUUGCUUUAAAAACAAAACAAAAAACAAAGUGUAUUGCAGGACCAUAAAGAUUUUUUGCUGUCACACUAUUUUUAUGGCAAAUAAGCAAACUAUCCAUGUGUCCAGAUGUUUUGCUUUUGAAUUCCAUAUUUCUUAAUGGUAUUUCCCAUUUGAGGUAGAGGUAGAUUUGGUUUUACCGAUUAAUCGUACCAAUAGUUGCUUUUUGCAACUAUCGAUUAACUGCAAAAAUCUGUCUAUUGUUUUUCAUUUCGUCAUUUCACAAUAAGAGUUCCAUAUGUGUUUUGGUCUUGUUUAUAAUAAUGAGUUCUGCGUUAUGCACCAAAUCUUAUUAUUGGGAUUUUGGUUGAAAUAAAAACUACACCUGGGAUUUUAUUCAUUUUAAACUCUUUGAUGGUCGACCUCUAAUUCUAAUUAUUGAUCGAUAUAGAAGCUCAUUACAGUAUCAGUAAUUUUCACUAAAGAAAUAUUGAUAUACAGUAUGUUUUCGGUAUAAAAUAUAAAUCAUCAUAAAUUAAAGUACUUCUAAAUCUACCAUCAAGGGGUGGUAUUAGGAUGCCAUGUUUGACGAGGAAUUUUGAUUUUUGUAGUGGGCAAUUUACGGGCAUUUCGCCAUCAGACAGGUGGUAAACAGACUGCAUUUUUUUUUUAUAUAAUUUGAUUUAAUUAUAUAAUUUAGUAUUACUUCUUGAUUUUGGUGUGAAAUAUGACCAGGACAUGUUCUUGACAUGUUAUGUUAACACUUCAACUGUAGCAGUUUUGUCCAAAACCGGAUGGAGAUUAUGUAUAUAAAAAGAAAAUGUAAUCUAUGUCCCCAUCUACUCCCCAUCUGAACACUGCUGUAUUGCAAAAUGAAUCAAACCCUCUUAAGACCUUUUGGAAACUUGUUAAUGAUUUUCAGAAGGAUUUUGGCCAAUACAGAUAAAAAGUUAUGAAAGGACAUUGGGGCAAAAGAAAACCAUAAAACCGAGAGUGUGUUCAGUUCUGACUGUGUUUUCCUGCUUUCCUUUUUUUGAGAAACUGAGGACCAAAGAUUUUACGAUUUAAGUGGAAUGUUCCUUCUGUGAUUUCAAGUGCCUUAAAACAACCACAAAACGAAAUGUAUGUAAAUUAAAAAUGCUUACAUUUGUUUUAUUCUCUGGCCUACUGUUUGGUAUACUAUUUUUAUUUUCAGUGUCAGUUUAUUUCCUUUCCAAAUCAUUAA